AGCAAGCGUUGAAGAAUAAACUAAUGGGAAUUAAAACAUUUUGGGACAACAAAUUAAUAUAAAUCGAUUCUAAUGCUGGUUAAUAAAGUCAAUCUCUUGACAUGGCUCCUGCUGAUGGUAGCUCUCGUCUGGAGCUGGCAAUUCAAUGGAGGUGUGGCCAUGUCACAGGCGGAACCGCGCCAUAAGACCUGCGACAAUGAGCAGCGAUACGAGAACCAGGUCAUGUGCGAGGGCAAAGAGUUUGGGGCCCUGGUGCCGUAUCCGGAUAACUGUAGUCUGUUUCUCGUCUGCGAUUGUCUGUAUCCCACGGUCAAGCUGUGUCCGGCAGAGCUCUGGUGGGAUAAUGCCUCACAGAUAUGCAACUAUCCGCAGGCGGUGGAUUGUGUCUACUACACGAUUGAAACGCCGGAACCGACGGAUGGAACAACGAGAAUUACGCCGGUUAUUACCACCGAAUCAACGACUUUGAGUACUCCAAAAGUCACCGAACACCCAACGACAUUGAGUACUCCAAAAGUCACCGAACACCCAACGACAUUGAGUACUCCAAAAGUCACCGAACACCCAACGACUCCAAAAGUGACGGACGUUCCCUGCAUCACGCCCACUUCCAGCUGGGACCCGCCACCAGCACCGCCUGGCAUUCCCGACGAUUUCUGUAGGCAUCAAUCGGAUGGCUCGGUGCAUCCUUAUCCGUACGAUUGCCAGGCGUAUAUCAACUGCACCCAUGGCUGGCCCGUCCUCAACUAUUGCAUCGAGGAUAAGGUCUUCAAUCCGUGGCUUCUCAUCUGCGAUACCCCCGACACAACCGAAUGCGAGGAGGAGCCGUUGCCCACGGCCACGCCCACCACUACAGAGAUGGUUCCCACUACCACCACAGCAGAGUUGGCUCCCACUUCCACCACAGAAGCGGACGAUGUAGAGUGCGGACCCACACCAGAGUUCGUGGAGGAGGAUUACUGCCAGCCCUUGGGCAAUGGCUUCUACGAGUAUCCCUACAAUUGCAGUGCGUACCUCUCGUGCCGCAAUGGCUGCACGGACUUGGACUACUGCAUAUCGGAUAAGUUGUUCAAUCCAUGGCUCCACAUUUGCGAUACUCCCGAUUCAGUGUACUGCGAUCCACUGCCUUAUCCCACUGCUCCACCGUCUUCCACGACUCCUUCGAGCACCACAACUUCUGUGGAUGUUUCGACGACGGAGAGCACCACUGCCACCACAGAGGCAGCCACAAGCACAACGCCGGGACUGCCCUCCGAUGUGAGUCCGAACGAAUGUCGCGGUGUUCCCGAUGGCACUCGAUUGCCAUAUGCCGGCAACUGUUCGCAGUUCCUUAUCUGCAAGGACGAUCAGGUGGAGAUGGGUCAGUGUCCUCCAUUGACGCUCUUUAAUCCGGAUUUACUCAUCUGCGAUAAGGCUGAUGAUGUCUUGUGCUAUGGGGAUCGCACGACCACACCGAUACCCACGACAACAACCACUGAGGCGACAACGCCCACGCCUACCACAACGACAACGAAGGCCACAACUCUGGGACCCGAAGAGCUCUGUGAGGGCCAGAGUCUGGGAGCCUCCUUCGCGUAUCCCCAGGAUUGCUCUAAGUACUAUUUGUGUUUGGGAGGUGGACUAUGGUUCCUGACAGACUGCAUUUAUGGCAGCUACUUUGACCCCAACACAAUGAAUUGUGGCCCCAAUGUCUCCCCAACGGCCUGCCAAGAGGCACAAGCAACCACAACAACGGCAGCAACAACCACCACCCAGAAGGUAACCACUCCCACAACGACAACAGAGGAACCAUCGACCCCGGCGGCAACGACCACAACUCAAGCGCCACCGGGUGGCAUUUGCGGUGGCCGGGAUGAAGGUGAAAAUAUCGCCUAUCCCAAGGAUUGCAACAAGUACAUCGUCUGCGUCUCCCCCAUACCCAUUGCCUUCUACUGCCCCGCGGGAUCCUACUUCAGUUCGAAGCUCCAGAACUGCACCAGCUGGGAGGAGAGCGACUGCGAUCAGGAUGCCAGCACUACAACGCUAUCCCCAGGGAUAACCCAAGCGCCGCUGGAGCCAACGAUGUGCACAAACAGCAGUCGCGAUACCUUCCCUUAUCCGGACAACUGUCAGUGGUUCAUCCGCUGUGUAGACGACUACAUCUACAUGAUGGACGUCUGUAACUGCGGGGAGUAUUAUGAUCCCAUAAGCGGCAAGUGCGGAGCAGAUGUUCCAUCGGAUGCCUGUCGCUGGGACUACACUUCGACCACGUCCACCACCAGCGAACCGACCACCAGCACAGCCGUGACCAGACCCCCACCGCAGAAGGGUCCUUGCGACGAUGUGGCGGAUGGUGCUUUGGUGCCAUAUCCUAACGAUUGCACCAAGUACAUCAAAUGCGAUCGCCCAAUAGCCACGGCCUUCGACUGCGAAGAGGGGGAUGAGUUCAGUGUCGCGCUGGGGGAGUGUGUGGACGCUUCUCUGGCCGGUUGUUCGGUUACAACCACGACCAACCCUUCGGGAUCGACGACGCCAUCGAUACCAUCGACAAAGACAACAGAAGGGGACUCUACAACAGAUUCUUCCACAGCGUCAUCUACGGAAUCGUCCACAGAUUCUUCCACGGAAUCAUCUACUGAAUCUUCCACUGUCUCUUCUACAGAAUCAACAACAGAAUCUUCAACAGAUUCUUCUACUGAAUCAUCCACAGAUUCCUCCACCUUCUCUUCGACGGAUUUCUCCACGGAAUCAUCUACAGAACCAGAUUCUUCUUCCACAGAGCCUGGAACAACCACCACAGAUUCCCCAGCCACCACAACACUCAAACCCUCUGGUGGAGUUUGCGAGGGCAAAACGGACGACUCUUUGGUGCCGUAUCCCAACAACUGCAGCAAAUUUAUCAUGUGUCAAUACCCGAUUCCUGUGGGCUUUGAUUGUCCGGAAGGUUUGGAGUUUAGUCCCACGGAAUUGCAGUGCAUGGAUCCCGAUUUGGCGAAUUGUAGUCCGAGUGUGACAACACCUGCAAUACCAACUUCUACGACUUCAGAAGCUUCAACAACAGAAUCUACAACGGAUUCUACUACUAAAGAACCUUCAAUAACGGAGUCUACAACAAAAGAGCCUUCAACAACAGAUUCUACAACGAAAUCUACAACAACUGAGCCAACAACAGAGUCCACAACAACUGAACCUUCAACAACAGUGUCUACAACAGAGCCUUCGACAACAGUUUCUACGACAGAGUCUACAACUAAGGAACCCUCAACAACAGAGUCUACAACGGAGUCUACAACGCAGUCUACAACGGAUUCUACAACGGAGUCUUCCACAACAGAUUCUACAACUAAAGAACCUUCAACAACAGAGUCUACAACAGUUUCCACGACAGAGUCUACAACUAAAGAACCCUCAACAACAGAGUCUACAACGGAAUCGACAACAGAUUCUACAACUGAGUCUUCAACAACAGAGUCGACCACAACUGAGCCUUCAACAACCGAUUCUACAACGAAAUCUACAACAGCUGAACCUUCUACAACGACUGAACCUUCAACAACCGAUUCUACAACAAAAUCUACAACAACUGAACCUUCCACAACAGUGUCUACAACUGGGGAACCUUCAACCACAGUGUCUACAACUGAGGAACCUUCAACCACAGUGUCUACAACGGAAUCUACAACGGAGUCUUCAACAACAGAUUCUACAACUAAAGAACCUUCAACAACAGAGUCUACCACAACAGAGUCUACAACAGUUUCCACGACAGAGUCUACAACUAAAGAACCCUCAACAACAGAGUCUACAACGGAAUCGACAACAGAUUCUACAACUGAGUCUUCAACAACAGAGUCGACCACAACUGAGCCUUCAACAACCGAUUCUACAUCGAAAUCUACAACAGCUGAACCUUCUACAACGACUGAAACUUCAACAACCGAUUCUACAACAACUGAACCUUCCACAACAGUGUCUACAACUGAGGAACCUUCAACCACAGUGUCUACAACGGAAUCUACAACGGAGUCUACAACUAAGGAACCUUCCACAACAGAGUCCAGUACGCCAGAACCCUCGACCACCCCCAAGGAGCCAACUACUUUGGAUCCCUACACUCCCAACAUUUGCUGUGGCUAUCCUCUGGGAACUCUUUUGCCUUAUCCCAACGAUUGCAUGCGAUAUGUCGUGUGUGAUUAUCCCAUUCCUUAUGCGGUGGAUUGCGAUCCGGGAACCUUCUUUGAUGACAGGCUGCUGCAAUGUACAUCAAUUCCCACUCAAAGUUGCAUUUAUAAAAGAGCAUAAAUAAUAUGAGUAAAUUCAAUAAAGAAUAACUAUG